GCAAAGCAGGUAACUGCAGAUCAGUCCACAAACAUGUGCACCACAUGGACGAUGGCGAGAUUUGUCAGAUGGAGAGUUAGGGAUUGGGCUUCAUGUUUCCUGCCUUUAGAUGGUGAACCAGCUUCGUCACCUCCAAUGGCAGUCGACAAGAGAAACGACAAUCGAGUCAGUCGUGGAAAUGACAAGAAACUGUCACAACCGAGCAAAAAAUACAACAAAAAGAGAGAGACAAAGAAUCGAAGUGAAAAGGAUAAAACCGAGGCUUCACCAGGACACACGGUGGAUGAUUCAAGCUGGUCACCCUCCGCAGAUGAAGACUAUAUUGUGUUCUGCUUCAGAGAUGAUGGAGCAUUUGAUGUUAUAAAAGAUGGCAAGUGCGUCAAGUCUGAACUUCCAAGUGGUGUCGAUGGGAGUUCCAGAAAUUCAAGGCCUGUGAAUCGCAAGCUCAAGUAUGGUGAGGAUGCAGAACAAGUGAGUAAACAGAGCACGCACGACCAUACACCAUAUGCAAAUCAAAAUCCUACGAGCCCUUAUAAGCAGGACGAAGAAAGAGACAUCAUAUGCAAGAGCGGACAGCAAAAGAGGGACAACAUCAAAAGGGCAUGUCAAGUUGAGAAGGUUGAGGAUCGAACAGCGUUAUCCUCUGAAUCAAGGGACUCUAAUCAAUCUGAAGGAAGUACAGGUUCCUUUGCAUUCCCAGUGUUGGGUUGGGAAUGGAUGGGCAGCCCAGUGCAACUUCCAAGGUCAGAGAGUAUGCGCUUAAGCAAGCAGAAGGUCCGGUUUCUGCGUUUUCAGUGUUGUAGAUUCUGAUAGUUUCUUCUUGCUUUUUUUUUUUUAAUGGAAAUUAGAUUUUGAUAGUUGCUCAUUCUUUUCCUUGACUUAUUAUUUGUACCAUUU